ACGCAGUCCCACAUCAUACCUCGGGGAGUGCGAAAAGCAGGGAGAAGCUGUCAGUACCCAACCUGAUCUUAGUUCAGUUUGUGCUCAGCCUUGGAAGGUGGUGGACCAGACCUUCGACUUUCCUUGCCGACUGAAUCCAUCGCAUCAGCAAGCCAGGACACACCAUGGGAGGCAAGAUAAGUAAGAAAAAGAAGGGGUACGAUGUCAGCGACACAAAAGAGAAGCAGGAUGGGGACGCCAACAACAUUGAGACCAAGUCUGCAACCUUACUAUCAGAGCAGAUAGAUGGCACAGUCGAUGCUGGCAAGCAAGCAACAUUGGAUAAUUCUACUGAGCCCACAGGGGAGGCUUCUACAGCGUCUCAAGAGGUUGUGCCAUCCCAGGCUCCAACAACGGAAGGCACCAAAGUAGAAACGGAUGCAACUCAAGAGAAAACAGCAGCAGUGAUGAAGGAAGCAACUCCAUCAGUUCCUGUCGAGACACAAGAGCCAAAAGAACCAUCCAGUGGAUCAGAGCCGCAAGUAAACUUGGAAACCCCUGCAUUAAAAAAGGCAGAUGAGCCAAAAGUAACAGAGGAGGUGGUCACCCCUUCUCCCCAAGCCCCUGAAACUCAAGUCAUUCAGGAGAAUCCUGCUCCCAUCAUAUCACCUUCUGAAGCUGAUGUUGUAGUUGAACCGGUUUCUAUGGAAUUGGACACGAAGCCUCCAGUGACUGCACCUGAGACAAGUACUCAAGUCAAAGAAGCUACUGCUGAAACGACAGUGAUACCCGAACCCACCAUACAAACAGAAGCAGUUAUUCCAGCAGAACAAUGUACUGCAGUGACAAACGAAAUUGCCACAGGAACCAAGCCCACCACAGAGUCAGAGACAGUCCUUCCAGAAGAGGCAAUGGUCACAGAGACGGUGGUGCACUCUCCCAAAACAGAAUCCACCACUAUGGCAGAAACAGUCAUGCCAUCAGAACCAGAUACCGUUAAGUGGGACGUGAGUACAACACAGAAAUCCACCAGCGACUCAGAGACUGUUAUUCCAUUAGAACAAGCUUCUAUUGUGGAAGUCAGUACAGUGCAGAAGUCAACCACUGUGAUAGAGACUAUUACUCCAUCUGAAAACGCUGCAGGAAAAACUGUGGAUGUGACCACAGUACAGGAAUGCACUGUGAUUCCAUUUGAACAAGCUUCUGUUGAAUCUGUGGGUCUUACUACAGUGCAGAAAUCAACUGCCGAGACCGUUUUUCCAUCAGACGCUCUCGAGACUCGACAAGAAUCUGUUAUUUGCGAGACUACAGAAUCUCUUGCAAAGACAGUGGAAGAACAUGUUACAUAUACUGAAAUCCUGGAACCAACACAGGUUCCUCCACCUCUGCCAGAGGAGCUCCCUGAAGUCACAACAACAGAUGAGGAUAAAACUGAAUCCACUGAAACAAAACUAGAGGCGGAGGUCAAAGACAAAUCUGACGACGGUUUUGUAGGUUCAGAGCCUGAAAAUAUUGAGACAGGUCUAAGUUCACAAGUAGAUGUACCAGGCAUUGCUCUAAAUUCAGAAAACACAGAGGCUGCAGUGACAGAGGUUGUUCCAGAGAUAGUUAUUUCUGAGUCAGUUUCUACCAAUGAAUUCCCAAGUGAUGAGGUGAAAGAAAGUGUGACUGAGAAAGAGGUCAUGGAAAGUGCAGCAGAAGGACGUGACCAAGAACCUGUUGUCCCGUCUGUGGUGCCAGAAGUGAACACUCAAGUGGAAGCACCUGAUGAUGUGCCAACAAGUGACUGUGGUACAGCUCUGGUUGAGGAGGUAAAGGUGGAGAACGGAGAGCAUGAGGUUCUCACACCUGAGCUGAAUGGGGAGACUAAAGCUACCGAAUCAGUUGUUGAGACAUCACAAAAUGAGGAAUGCGUCAAUGGAAUCAGCUCAGCCGAUGGAACCCCUAAAGAGGAACAUGUAAAAGACAUCUGUGACCUGAAGAAGGACUUGACUGCUGACACUGAGGUCCCCACAGUCACUGGAGACAUGGCUUCAGCCAUAAACGCAACAACGAAUGAGGUUGACUUAGUCUGAAGAACUGACACAAACGUAAAUGUUGAUGACAUGCAUAUUUCAAGGUGGCACUAGCUGCUUAAUGGAUCAUGGAAAUGCUUGGGUAAAGAAUUUUUGGGCAGCCAAAAAAUUAAACAGAAAUGUUACAGGGUCUGCAGUUUAUGAAUAAAAAGCAGAAUGACUGAUAAGCAAAACAAAACAGCAGAAAAUAACAUUACAUAAUUAGGACAGCAGCCCUUUAAAUAACUAAACGACUAACAAAUGUAAUUGUGCUGCAUCUAGACUUUCACAUAUUCUUACCUUAACUGUUUAAAAUGACAUGCUGUGGAACGACCGGUAAUGGAAUGCUCAUUUUAAUUAAAUCACUUGGUCACUAAUAAAAAAUUUUUACCUGAAAAA